AUAAACAGUCUGUGUUAUCAACAGUCAGUGUCAUAAACACACAUUGACCCAGGGGUUUUAGCUAACUAUAGACCAAUCUCUAACCUCCCCUUCCUCUCUAAGAUUCUGGAGAAGGUAGUCGCCAAAGAGUUGUAUGACUUUCUACAUAACAAUAGUUUAUUUGAGGAUUUUCAGUCAGGAUUUAGAGUUCAUCAUAGCACAGAGACAGCUCUGGUUAAAGUUAAUAAUGACCUUCUGAUUGCUUCUGACAAUGGACUUGUCUCUGUACUUGUAUUAUUAGAUCUUAGUGCUGCAUUUGACACCAUUGACCAUAAUAUUCUUUUACAGAGACUUGAGCAUCAAAUUGGCAUUAAAGGAACCGCACUAAGCUGGUUUAAGUCAUAUUUAUCAGAUCGUUCGCAGUUUGUGUAUGUUAACGAUGAAUCUUCAAUAAAUACUACAGUUAGUCAUGGAGUUCCACAAGGUUCUGUACUUGGACCAAUACUAUUUACUUUAUAUAUGCUCCCUUUAGGCAACAUUAUUAGGAAUCACUCCAUUAACUUUCACUGUUAUGCAGAUGAUACGCAGUUAUAUCUAUCGAUCAAGCCCGAUGAAAUUAAUCAAUUAUCUAAAUUACAAACAUGUCUUAAGGACAUAAAAUCCUGGAUGAGCUGCAAUUUUCUGAUGUUAAACUCAGAAAAAAACGAAAUUCUUGUUCUUGGCCCCAAAAACCUUAGAGACUCACUGUCUAAAGAUAUAGUUACUCUAGAUGGCAUUAACUUGGCCUCUAGCACCACUGUCAGGAAUCUUGGAGUUAUCUUUGAUCAGGAUUUGUCUUUUAACUCCCACAUGAAGCAGACCUCUAGGACUGCCUUCUUUCAUUUACGUAAUAUUACAAAAAUUAGACACAUACUAUCACAGACAGAUGCAGAAAAACUAAUCCAUGCAUUUGUUACUUCAAGGCUGGAUUACUGCAACUCUUUAUUAUCAGGUUGCCCCAAUAAGUCCAUUAAAACGCUCCAAUUAAUUCAGAACGUUGCAGCACGAGUACUGACACAAACUAGAAAAAGAGAUCACAUCUCUCCUGUACUAGCUUCUCUGCAUUGGCUCCCUGUAAAAUGUAGAAUAGAAUUUAAAAUCCUCCUCCUCACCUAUAAAGCUCUUCAUGGUCAGGCCCCUUCAUAUCUUAAAGAGCUCAUAGUACCCUAUUACCCCUCUAGAACACUACGUUCUCUGAAUGCUGGGCUACAUGUGGUUCCUAUAAUUGGCGCUAUACAAAUAAAAUUGAAUAUAGUCUCUAAAAGUAGAACAGGAGCCAGAGCCUUCAGUUACCAAGCUCCUCUCCUGUGGAACCAGCUUCCAGUUGUGGUUCGGGAGGCAGACACCCUCACCACAUUCAAGAGUAGGCUUAAGACAUUCCUCUUUGAUAAAGCUUAUAGUUAGGGCUGGAUCAGGUGAGUCCUGAACCAUCCCUUAGUUAUGCUGCUAUAGGCCUAGACUAUCGGGGGAUUUCCCAUGAUGCACUGAGCUCCUCUCUUCCUCUCUCUUUCUGCAUUCAUUCAUGUUCCAUUAAUGCAUGUUACUAACUUCACUUC